AUGGCGCAACGAGCUGACACGGCGAUUUUAGAUACCAAAACGGAGCAAGAACAGCAACAGAACACCGAGAAAAAAGACAAUGCAGAGUCAACGCAAGGUGCUGUGCGGUUUGCUUCGGGGAAUGAAGAAAUAGACCCUCUGGACGAAUCAAGGCGUCUUUCCCAACCUGGUGGAGCGAAGAACGAGGAACUCAGCCCUGAAGCCCAUGAACAGAUCAGGAACUUGGCAAUGUCUCUACAAAAGUCACGGCUUCAGGAAAGUCGCAUGGCAAACUUUGCCUAUGAGACGGUGUCUAUGCCUCCCUCACGGGUACCUUCAAGAGACAGUGAGACGCCUGGUACGCCUCGUGGCUCGAUAAGACAGGGCCACGGCUCCAUGUCCUCUGCAUUUCAAUCUCCUCCAUUGACACCGCAUGGCUCAAAAGACGGGAAACAAGACACUGUCUCUGCAGGACGUGGCCAACAAGGCCAAAACGCGAUAACUCCGCAAACAUCCCCACCUCCAGACUCGCAGGGCAGGGCUCUAUCCCAAUCUAUAUCGCCUUCUCAUCCUGUCUCACCACCUCGAUCCUCCGAACAAGCCCCAGGCAAGCCAGAACAAGGACGUGAGAGACGUAUAGCCAAGUUCGAGAUUGGUCCUUCUGAAUCCGCGACCCCCGCAGAUCAAAGUCCUGUUGGGACACCUAAACUUCGGCCUUCCUCCCCACAGCCUGGUGCUCAACAAAAGCCGCCUGAGCCGCGGCAUUUUGGAAGUCUGGGAAGAGGCUCGCUGGCCCCAGCUAUUGCAGCGGCAGCAGAGCGGAUACCGCGGCAAUCAAGCUCUACCGACCUCUCUGACAAGCGAACAUCGAUAUUCGGUUCAAACAAGAAAGAUCCUUAUUCCCACGUCACGGAUAGUGGUAGCGAGAAAAGUGGCUUAGAUGGGAGGAAACAUGGCUCCAUGUCUGAACUAAAACGAUUCUUCCGGCUUGGUCAUGGCCACAAGAAGCACAAUAACCAUUCAGAUUCACUGGCGUCGAGUGUACCAGCCUCGCGGAAAUCUAGUCACAGAUCUGGAACAAGGACGCCUCCCCACCAAGCUCCGCCGUCAAAUGUUCCGUUCAUGGAUGAUCACAGCCUCGAGGCGAAGUAUGGAAAAUUUGGCAAAGUUCUAGGCUCUGGCGCGGGCGGCUCCGUGAGAUUACUCAAGCGAAGCAGCGACGGAGUCACUUUUGCCGUCAAACAAUUCCGAGAGAAACAUUCCUGGGAAAGUGAGAAGGACUAUUCCAAGAAGGUCACAGCAGAAUUCUGUAUCGGCUCAACUCUGCAUCAUGGCAAUAUUAUCGAAACCAUGGACAUUAUCCAAGAAAACCAUCGAUGGUACGAGGUGAUGGAGUAUGCCCCAUACGAUCUGUUUGCUAUCGUGAUGACGGGUAAGAUGACGAGAGAAGAGAUCGCCUGCUCUUUCCUUCAGAUUGUCAAUGGCGUCAGCUAUCUGCACAGUAUGGGGCUCGCACAUCGCGACCUCAAAUUGGAUAAUGUGGUGGUAAGCGAGCAUGGCAUAAUGAAAUUGAUCGACUUUGGAAGCGCCACGGUGUUCAGGUAUCCCUUUGAGAACGACGUUGUACUCGCUUCGGGAAUCGUUGGAUCCGAUCCCUACCUUGCCCCGGAAGUGUAUGAGGAAAAGAAGUACGACCCGACGGCCACGGACAUUUGGUCUCUGGCAAUCAUAUUCUGCUGUAUGUCCCUUCGCCGUUUCCCAUGGAAGCAGCCUCGACUUGUCGACAAUUCCUACAAACUGUUCGCUUCUCCGCCGACACCAGGCACACCCGUUCCAGAUUCACACCCACGGAAAUCCUCGCAUUUAAGUCCCGGGGAAGAUAACACCUCUCGACACCAUUCCGAAGCCAACGGCAGUGCUAAUUCGUCGCAUCACCAUCAUCAUCACUCGGAAAACGUGGAUGAAGGGCGGCCUUCGACAUCCAGUGGGGAUAAACAGGAAGUGAUCAAAGGCCCAUGGCGACUCCUCCGCAUUCUUCCGCGGGAGAGCCGUCACAUCAUUGGCCGCAUGCUGAAAAUUGACCCAGCGGAACGAGCCACGAUGGAAGAAGUGCUUGAGGACGACUGGGUAUUGAACGCCAGAGUUUGUUAUCAAGAGGAAAACGGGACCGUUCACCACGCAGAAGGCCACACACAUGUCUUGGAGGCUGGAUCUGGCGGACCUCCACCGGCCAAGUAA